UAAUUUCAUCUUCUGACUCCCCAGAAGACGCAGAAGUAUUUUGGAAAUUUCGAGUUCUGUUUAUAAAACGCAAAAACAAUGAUGGACGUGUUGAGGAGUGUGGCCAUAUUGAUGUUGAUGAUAUCUGCGUCAUUGGCGGCACCAAGAUCACCGAGAGACUCAUGUGACAGGGGUGUCUCGGGACCGGUCUGCGGCACAAACGGCAAGAUUUAUAACGACCUUUGUGACUUGGAGGAAGAAGAUGCUAUUACUCGGCAGAAUAUACAGGUAACCAACUACGAAUACUGCCGCUCGUCUGGGCGAGCCGCUCCUCGUGCACCAAGUCGCCCGGGAUACCAACCCGGAGCCAGAGCACCUGUGCCUCGUCCUCCAGCAAGAGCUCCAGCUCCACAUGCUCCUAGAGCACCAGUUCCACCUCACAGGGCGCCAGCUCCUCAUGCUCCCACAUCAUUCAACCCGGAUCAAGGAUACGCAGGAGGAACGUCGGGAUAUGAGCAUGAUACCCAAGGGUAUGCACCCUCUCCAGGAGCACCUGGUUAUGCUCCCUUACCACCAGCACCAAGGGCACCGGGAUUCGCCCCCUUACCACCAAGACCUGCUGCUCCAGGAUUUGUGCCACAAUCUCCUCGACAAUUCGCCCCCUCUCGACCAGGAGUCGGAUACGCUCCAGUCGGACCAGGAGCUGGGUAUGCUCCAAACGCACCAGGGGUUGGAUACGCUCCAAGCGCUCCAGGAACUGGAGCAUUCGGCAAUUACGCAGAUGGCGUAGACGGUGCUGGAGCUGAAGUUGGAGAAGCUAGUACUGAUGGAGAUGACAGCGACAGCAGUGAGGAGAGCUACGACUAUGACGGUAAUGAUGGAACAGAUGUAGAGGAGGGAACAGAAGCUCCCGCUGGUGCUGAUGCAGGGACUGACACUGCAGGUGGAGUAUCUGGUGCUGCAAGUGGACCUGGUUUUGCCGGUGCUCCUACCGGACCUGGGGUUUCCAAUUUACCGCCUGUUCCUGGUAGACCUGGUAUUCCUCCUCCAGGGCUUCCACCUCGACCAGGAACACCUCCACGAGCUCCUCGCCCCUUCAUCCCCAAUACUCCACGUCGACCGUAUGCCCCUUCAUUUGGGCGUGCAGCUCCGGCUCUACCACGAGCACCGGGAGUAGCUCAGGCAGCUCCAGGCGCUCCAGGUUUUAGAUAUGACACUGCUAGCUGUACUCAAAACGCACCUGGCAACAGUUGCACAUCCAACAAUGCUUAUGACAAUGAUGACUAGCACUGUCAAUUGCCUGUUACUGGAGCGACAUAUCUCGGCAACAACAAAACUUUAUUUAUUUAUUGUGCUCCGAAAGAAGGGAUUCUA